CUCUCACCCCUCUCUUCCUCUCUCUCUCUCUCUGCAGCACUGCAGAGCUGUCCAUGGUGCUGAAGUCUACCGCCUCAGUGCGACACAAGAAGAAGUAGGAAAGCGACUGUGUUUAGUUCUGUCCUUCUUCCUCAUCACAGUCGUCAGCUGAUGACCUGAAAUAUCAAUCAGCUGUUAGGUAACCUGAUGGAGCAGCUGAUCAGUCGCCGGGUCUCCUCCUUCUCACGUGUCUGAGCUGCUGUUCUGACAACAUGGUCAAUUCCACGGUCUAUCUGGGUCAGUGUUAUACAAUCAGAGCUCAUCUGAGAUGGCUUUUAAAUGUAGAGUCAAACGUUGUCUGUGACUGCUUUGACAUCAACUGACAAACAACAACAACAACAACUUUUCCUCACUCCACCUCUCUGUUGUUGUUGUGUCCAUCCACACAGUUCUUCAUGUUGUUGUUUCCUCCUGUUGUUCUUAUCUGUGUUUUCCACCUCUCUGCUGUCACUCCAUCAUUAUACCUCCACCUUUUAUCAAUCACUCCUUCCCAUCCCACCCCCUCUAUGCCACUCCUUCCUCUCUCCUCCAUUCUCACGUUCUCUCACUCUUUCAUAACCUGCUGUCCAUCACUGCUUCACCCCUCUAUCACUACAUCACUAUCCAUCACUCCCACAGCCCAAUCUCCUAUAACUCCAUCCAUCACUUUUCCACGCCUCCUUUAUUAUCCCUCCAUCAUGUAUGUGUUGGUUUUCCAUUAUUCCUCCAUCACAUUCCUUCUCUCUCUCUCUCUCUCUCUCUCUCUCUCUGUUAGUGUGUGCUGUCAUGUCUCUCUCUCUUUCUGCCGCAGUGAAGGAAUACCCCUCACUCCCUCUCUCUGCUCUCCCUUCUCUGCUACGUCUACUUUCCCGUCUGUCCUUUUAUGGUAUGGGGAUACCCGCCGUCAGAACCGGAAGCCGACCAUGUAUGGGCAGCUGCGCAGAGCUCAGCGGCGGGAAUCCCUCACUGUGACGCCGGCCAAUCAGGGAAGCCUGGAGUUACCAUGGAGACGGAGCCUAUAAAAGCAGGCACAGCCUCCCCAUCCUCAGCAUCAGGAGGAACCUCUCACUGAGGACAAGGACAGGACUAGAACCAGAACCGGGACUUGGGAUUUAAACUGACUAGGAAUUUCCCGACAUGCUUCUGAAGAGUGAGGACAGCUUCCUGUCGGAGUUCUGGGUGGACAGCGAGGGUCCGUGUCCGAGUGACGUGACGGACUGUGACUCUGUGGACUCACCCUUCUGUCAAGUCUUCUCUCCAGGCACCGACGCAUCCGACUCGGACUUCUUCUCCGACUUCAGCGACUGCUCCUCGGACACUCUAUCUCCGUCACUCGGCUACUCCGGUACCUUUUUCACGGAGCAGCAUCCUCCACCGCCUCCAUCACCUACUCCUGCAGGACUAAGCAGCACCGCGGACGCCAUCCUCACCAUGAUCACGGAGAUCGUGGGCAUCUGCACCGAGCAGCAGCAGGAGGGAAACACCAUCUCCCUGCGUCAGCCCAGUUUGUCCUCAACGGCGCCUUCCCCCGCUGCAUCCUCCCACUCCUCCCCGCUCUGCGCUGCAACAACACCUGUCCCACAGCUGCAGCAGCAGCAGCAGCAGCAGCACUCUACUCCCCCGCCACCUCCGGUGGUCGUGAAGACCGAAUUCAGUUUGAGCUCCAGUUGCAGCAGCACCAGCAGCGGAUUAGCAUCUUCCUCCACAGCCGGGGCUGAGGCUCUGUUCUCGGCCAACACCGAGCCCCUGGUGGACGUGUCUGACAUCAUUGACUCCCUCCUGGGCUGCGACGCAGGACAGAGCGAUCUGAAAACCGCCGUGGAGGUGAAGCAGGAGCCGCUGGGUCUGGAGGAGUGGCUGAAGAGUCUGACGGUGGCUCCGGUGCUCACCGGCGGAGAUCCCGGCAGCUACGUCAUCAGCAGACCUGUCAUCAAGACCGAGUUGUCUGAAGGUGGCAGUGAGCGCCUACACUUCUGCUCCUCCUCCUCUUCAUCCUCCUCCUCCUCUUCUUCGUCCUCUUCCACCACCCUGGACGCCCACCUGCUCUCCUCACUCCUGCAAGGCACUCUCCCGCUCGUCAGCGUCCCUCCAAAAACUACGACUGCGCCCCCACGCGGCGGCAGGAGGAACAAUGGCAGCAGCAGGGGCGCUCCAAGAGCCAAGCCUUUCCCAUGCUCAGUGCAGGGGUGUGAGCGCCGCUUCUCUCGCUCUGAUGAGCUGAACCGUCAUGUGCGCAUCCACACGGGCCAAAAACCGUUCCAGUGUGCGGUGUGUGCACGCAGCUUCAGCCGCAGCGACCACCUGACCACACACACCCGCACACACACGGGGGAGAAGCCUUUCUCCUGUGACGUGUGUGGAAAGAGGUUUGCACGCAGUGACGAGAGGAAGAGACACGGACGCGUGCACAUCAAGCAGCAGCUGCGUGCACAGAUGAUGGCUGCCUACUCACUGGCCCUGAAUGGCCCUGGAGUCUAGAAACUAAAUAACUUUUCUCAUCAAAACGUUUGGCUUUUGAAGCAUCAGGUGACAACGUUUUAUCAUGACGUCUCAUUGAGAGCGAUUGAGGCCCAGGACUGGAGUUCUUUGGACUUUGGUUCCACAGACGGCCAGGUUCUUUCCAGGAAGACAAAGUUGGGUCACAAAGACUUCUGCAGGGUGACUGCACCCUCAGACGCGACCCCCCUGUGUGGGCUCUGACCUGUUACAUGUUGGACUUUGAAGGUGGAGUCCGGCUCGAAGACUGUAAAAUAUUUUUGCUGCAUGAGGACGUGACGAGUUGGAUGUUGUGAUCCAGAUGUUUGUACGUUUCUAUUCUCAGAGCUAAAGAUGUUUGUUUGUUUGUUUCUUAAAUUCUCUAUUUUUCUAGCCCAGGUUGAUCACUGCUGUUGUUGUUCCGCUGAUGUUCUCAGAGUGUGUAUAUUUGUACUGGAAACUUUUGUGGCUAUUUUUAUGAAUGUAAAAGAUGCUUUAUCUGGUUUCACUGCUCCCUGUUAUGCAUGGAGGCCAAUGCUGCCAAUAAACAAACCAAGAAA